GACGGUAUGGCCAGGGGAGGCUGCCUUGAGGCAGGAGUUGGGGGCAGGGGGGAGGCCUGCACCCUUUGCCCCAGACGGUGACUCAGCGAUGCUUUGGCCCCUGUGGCCUGCCCUUUGGUUUAUGAUGGCCACCUCAGCAGCAUCAACCUUUGCCCCCGAGUGAGCUCCCGUCAGAUCAGUGGAGGGACCCGGCCACCGCAGAGGCCAGUGACUCGCCAAGGGCCUGGAGCAGUCCUAUGCCUGUAGCCUCUGGAACCAUGGGGACGGGGCAGCGCAGCCAGUCCUUGCGGCGACCACGGAGCUCCUAUGGCAAGCUCCAGGAGCCCUGGGGGAAGCCUGUGGAGGGCCAGCUGCGCCGGGCGCUGAGCCUCAGACAGGAUCGUGGGAAGCCCAGAUCCUCAGAGGGAGGCCCAGAGAGGCUGGACUCCCCUGAUCAGGAGCGGCAGCCUGGAGGCCUGGGGGACACGGAGCAGCUGAUCCAGGCUCAGCAAGGAGGCAGCCCCCGGCGGUGGCUGAGGCAAUAUCAGCAGGUGAAAAGAAGGUGGGAGAGCUUCGUCGCCAGCUUCCCCAGUGUGACCCUGAACCGGCCGACCUCCCCCCCGGAGCCCCCUCCGGGCACCGCCCGCUAAGGCCGCCAGAAGCCAUGGUGGCCCCGGCUGUGCCCAGAUGCGACGGCUGUGUCUGCUGAGCUACCUCUUCGCUGCCUGGCCUUACCUGGCCCCGAGACCUCUGCCACUACCUCGCCUGAGGGCCGUGUAUUGCCCCUCCGCUCAGGCCUUCCUCUCCAAGGCUGUCUCACAGCUAAGACCCCAACAUGGCUGAGGAGAAGGGGGCGCAGCUCUGCCUCCUGGUAGAUUCUGCCCUCUGGAAAAUGCCAUGGGAGUCCCUCUGGACAAUGACGUGCAUGAGGGUCUUAGAAGCCUGCCCAGCAGCGCAGGUGUGGACGCUGCUGGUUCCGACACGAGACUGGUCGUAAACUUCCAGGGCAGAGCUCAGUGAAGCCAGAAACUGUGGCUGAGAAGCUCUCCGACCUGCCUUGUCCCUCUUGCCCUUCCUCCCUGCCAGCUGAUGCUGGGGGGGCGGUGGCGCAUGGGCCUCCCACGGA